AUUUACAGACUGCUGCGUUUCUCCUUUAGAAUACAACCAAACGCACCUCGUCCCGAACAACAAACCACCAUGGACCUCCACCGGACCAGUAUAUUAAACCAAAUGGAUUACAGUCGGGAAUCUAAAGAAGGGAAACCGGGUCAGUCGACAGAUGAGCGGCUCGACAGCGGUCUGGACUCGCUUAAAGAGGAGGAGUACCAGGCUGUGGCGGCCGAGAUCCGUCAGCUCCAGGUGAACUGUAAUCCCCCACAGCACAAGCAACUCCCCGCUGAAACCGAGGAGCUGCAGGAAUGGAAAACACAGAUCACAGAGGACGGAGACACGCUUCUCCACCUGGCCAUCAUCCAUGAGGCCAAAGACUACAUCAGGACAAUGAUUGACGAGUCCAAGAACACAGACUUCCUCAACACACAAAAUGACCUGAGACAGACUCCUCUGCACUUAGCGGUAAUAACAAACCAGGCAGACGUGUGUCAGCAUCUUCUGGUAUCCGGCUGUGACCCCACUCUGGUGGACAACAGAGGGGACACGCCUCUUCACAUUGCCUGUCGCCAUGGUAAUCUGCUGUGCUUCAGCGUCAUCACACAGUUCUGUCAGAAAGAGCAUCUACACACGGUGAUGGCUGCCUGCAACUAUAAUGGUCAGAAUUGCCUCCACCUCGCCUCAGUCCAUGGUUUCCUCUCACUGGUAGAGAACAUGGUGGAACUAGGAGCUGACAUUAAUGCAAAGGAGCAACACAACGGUCGCAGUGCGCUGCAUCUGGCAGUGGAUCAACAGAAUCUCUUACUGGUCAAACUGCUGCUGAAAAAAGGAGCAGAUCCCAACCUCCUGACCUCUGGUGGCCACACCCCCUACCACCUCACCUACGGUUAUGGAAGUUUUGACAUCAGGGAAGAACUGUACUCACUGACCAACCCAGAGCUGAGGGAACUGCCUGACAGCGAUUCAGAUGACAGUGAGGAAGAGGAGGAUGAGACGUUUGAUGAGGAGGUCAGUUAUGAUGACAUUCACUGGAAUGGACAUUAGCAGGAAACGAGACGGAGAGAGGAAGUUACAGAGGCAGGAGGCUGUGAUGAUGACGGUAGAGGACAGGAGAGACGGCGCAGCUCAUCCACUACUUCCUGGAAUCGCGUGACGGAAGCCCAACAGCGUGGGUGACGCGAUGCGAGCGUGACCGCUGACAAAACGGAUGGGACAGGCAGCUGUAAAGGCAAAUGAAACAGAGACUGACGGCCGAAUAAACCAGUGAGACUGCUCCGGGCUUGCAGGAGAGCAAGCACACAAUGAGAUGUGAAUACGUGACACAUUAUGAUGGGAUGGCAUUGCUGUAUGAUAAGAGGAUCGCUUGUAUUCUGUGGACACUGCAUCAUUAUCACAAAAACAUCCAUCCACACAGAUGUACCUGCAACAGCUCUGUUGUAUGAUAUUGUAAAUGCUGUGUAUACUAAGAUGUAUUUUUUAUGGAAGCUGUGAAUGUGUACAGUUGAGUAGGUUGUAUAUGUCAGACAGCAAACAGUCCAGCACACUCCAGUUAAAUUAAAAGACUCAUAUUUAACAGUGAAGA